GUUUUUAAGAGCUACUUAUACACACUUCGUUCAAUGUUUUCACGUGACAAUAUGUGUUGUCGCCUCUAUUUAAAUAUUAAAAUGUUAUUAUCUAUUAUUGUUUCAUAAUCUUGAUACAAGUUCUGUUGUAUGAAAUCCAGGUUGUUGCCUCCCAGGAUUGGCCAGAUCUAACAAAGUAUGCUGGUUUGGUUUGUACCCAAGCACAUGGACAAGAGCUUAUCCAGGAUCUUUACAAGAGCUGGGAGGAUCCAAAAAGAGGGACUAUGAGAGGUGGCAUAAUCAAUGACCAUCAUGGUAAGAAAGAGGAGAACUGACCAGGCUGGUGGGGGAGAGAGCUCGGAGCCUCAGGAUUCUAAUGCUGGACAGGGUGCACCUCAACACCCUCCACAGCAGCAAGGACGAGGUGCACCUCAAGUCUAUCCACAACAGCAGCAAGGACCAGGAGGUAGAGGCUUUCCCCAACAGCAGCAGGUUCUUGGAGGUAGAGGCUUUGCCCCACAGCAGCAGGGUCCAGGUGGUAGAGGCUUUGCCCCACAACAGGGAGGAGGAUACCAAGGACGUGGAGGAUAUGAAGGUGGACGCGGUGGCCCGCGGGGUGGUAUGGCUUCUCAGCAGUAUACUGGUGAAUCUCUUUAUCAGCAGCAAGGCAGGGGUGCCCAACAGCAGCAACCACGUGGACCAUUGCCCCAACACCGUGGCGGUGGCGUAGCUGGUGGUGGUCGUGGAGGAUUUGUACCUUCUGCUGGUGCUAGGCCAUCCGUCCCCGAGCUGCACCAAGCUUCCCAGGCUCCACCUCAAGCAGGGGUAUCGACUCAUCCCAUGCCCCGCAUUAUACCGGCUGAAGUGACACAGUCAGAAGGUAGCUCUUCUGUUAGUGCAGUUGAAGCAUCAUCUUCGCAAGUGACGCAGCAGCUUCAGCAUAUUUCUUUGAAGUCUGAAUCCUCAUCUAUCGGGGAUACUCAGCCUAAUCCUGUUUCUAGCAAGGCUCUUAGAUUUCCACUCCGUCCAGGCAGGGGUAGCACUGGUUCUCGUAUCGUUGUAAAGGCCAACCAUUUCUUUGCAGAGUUGCCUGAUAAGGAUUUGCAUCAGUAUGAUGUAACAAUCUCCCCUGAAGUCGGUUCACGUGGUGUCAAUCGUGCUGUGAUGGAACAGCUUGUCAAACUGUAUAGAGAAUCUCAUCUUGGGAAGCGUCUCCCUGCGUAUGAUGGUAGAAAGAGUUUGUAUACAGCAGGGCCUCUUCCUUUUGUCAACAAGGAGUUCAAAAUAGUUCUGACCGACGAAGAUGACGGGUCAGGUGGUGCCAGAAGAGAAAGGGACUUCCAAGUUGUAAUCAAAUUAGCUUCUCGAGCUGACCUGCACCACCUGGAAAUGUUUUUAAAGGGCAGUCAGGCUGACGCGCCCCAAGAAGCUUUGCAGGUGUUGGACAUUGUUCUGAGGGAAUUGCCUACUGCCAGGUAUUCCCCUGUGGGGCGCUCAUUUUAUUCAGCUGAUAUUCGACAAAGGCAGCCACUGGGUGAAGGCUUGGAAAGCUGGAGAGGCUUUUAUCAAAGUAUACGCCCUACGCAGAUGGGAUUGUCUCUUAAUAUUGAUAUGUCCUCGACUGCAUUUAUUGAGCCUCUUCCUGUUAUCGAGUUUGCCUCACAGCUGUUGAAUAGGGACGUUUCGUCCAGGCCACUGUCAGAUGCUGAUCGUGUGAAGAUCAGAAAGGCCUUGAAGGGAGUGAAGGUUGAGGUUUUGCACCGUGGAACAAUGCGCAGGAAGUAUUGUAUUUCUGGUUUAACAUCACAGGCGACCAGGGGGCUCACGUAUGAGUUACUUGCAUUUUCUCCAACUUUGGUAAUAGUCACUGGUGUUAUGUUUGCCUUGGAUGACAUGGUACUGUUUUUCCUACAUUUUAGGUUUCCAGUUGAUGAAAGAGGUACAAUGAAAGCUGUGGUUGAGUAUUUCCGCGAGACUUAUGAUGUUAUCCUCAAGCAAACUCAAUUACCUUGCCUGGAAGUCGGUAACCAGCGAAGGCCAAAUUAUCUGCCCAUGGAGGUUUGCAAAAUUGUGGAGGGGCAGAGGUACUCAAAAAGAUUAAACGAGAGGCAAAUCACUGCAUUGCUUAAAGUUACUUGUCAACGUCCUAGUGACAGGGAGGCCGACAUUCUACGGACUGUUCAGCACAAUGCAUACGCUGAUGAUCCCUAUGCGAAGGAGUUUGGUAUCAAAAUUAGUGACAAACUAGCCUCUGUAGAAGCCAGAAUUCUCUCUCCACCAUGGCUAAAAUACCAUGAGACUGGACGUGAGACACGAUGUCUACCCCAAGUUGGCCAGUGGAAUAUGAUGAACAAGAAAAUGGUUGAUGGAGGAAUUGUUAAUAAUUGGAUGUGUGUGAACUUUGCACGAAAUGUUCAAGAUAAUUUGGCUAGCGGGUUUUGUUCAGAACUCGCACAGAUGUGCACAAUAUCGGGAAUGCGGUUCAAUCCCAAUCCGGUGCUUCCAGUUACCGGCGCACACACUGAUCAGGUGGAGAGAGUGUUAAAAUCACGUUUUCAAGAGGUACAGAAACUGAAGAAGGAGCUUGACCUAUUGAUUGUCAUUCUUCCAGAUAAUAAUGGCUCACUAUAUGGCGAUUUAAAGAGAAUUUGUGAGACCGACCUUGGAAUAGUUUCACAGUGUUGCUUGACAAAACAUGUCUUCAAGAUGAGCAAGCAAUACCUAGCGAAUGUGGCUUUAAAGAUUAACGUCAAAGUCGGGGGAAGAAAUACAGUUCUUGUUGAUGCUUUAUCGAGGCGUAUUCCACUUGUCAGUGACCGCCCUACAAUCAUUUUUGGUGCUGACGUCACCCAUCCUCAUCCUGGAGAAGAUUCCAGCCCCUCGAUUGCAGCAGUGGUUGCUUCACAAGAUUGGCCAGAGAUAACAAAGUAUGCUGGAUUGGUUUGUGCUCAAGCCCACAGACAAGAGCUUAUUCAGGAUCUGUACAAGAGCUGGCAGGAUCCAAACAGAGGAACUGUAUCAGGCGGCAUGAUCAAGGAACUCCUUAUUUCAUUCCGCAGAUCAACUGGACAGAAACCCCAGCGCAUUAUAUUCUAUAGGGAUGGUGUUAGUGAGGGGCAGUUCUAUCAAGUUCUUCUGUAUGAACUUGAUGCAAUUCGCAAGGCUUGUGCUUCAUUAGAGCCAAACUAUCAGCCUCCGGUUACAUUUGUUGUGGUUCAGAAACGCCAUCACACUAGGUUGUUUGCCAACAAUCAUCGCGACCGUAAUUCAGUUGAUAGGAGUGGAAAUAUUUUGCCCGGGACUGUUGUGGAUUCCAAGAUCUGUCACCCAACGGAGUUUGACUUUUACCUUUGCAGCCAUGCUGGCAUCCAAGGAACUAGCCGACCAGCACAUUACCAUGUUCUUUGGGAUGAGAACAAGUUCUCGGCAGAUGGAUUACAGUCCCUCACUAACAAUCUAUGUUACACUUAUGCCAGGUGCACAAGAUCUGUCUCAAUAGUUCCUCCAGCAUAUUAUGCUCACUUGGCAGCAUUUCGAGCUCGCUUCUAUAUGGAACCUGAAACAUCUGAUAGUGAGUCAAUGGCAAGUGGUGCUGCUGGUGGUCGUGGAGGAAUGGGGGUUGGAAGAAGCACCAGGGCAGCAAAUGCUAAUGCAGCUGUGAGGCCCUUGCCCGCUCUUAAAGAAAAUGUGAAGAGGGUUAUGUUUUAUUGCUAGAAAUGUUUGAGAACCGGAAAACGUGUGAUAGUAGCUCUUUAUGCUGUUGCUUUGAACUUUACUUUUGAUGUUUUUGAAUCUCCACCUCCUUUGAUCUGCAUUACUUAGAAGAGUUAUUGCCGCUCGAAUUUGAAUUAUUAAACAGAUAUGAGUUCGGUG